CGGUAAUCUGUGACUGAGAGUUUCGAUGCCGGUAAUCAGGAUCACUGGUCAGAUACUUUUUGAAAGGAGAAGGUAACCCUACGUCCGCAGGAUCACGACUUGUCGAAUUUCGCAUUGAGAUGCGUUUGAAUCGCGGCUUGCUGACAAGUGUCGCUGCCUGCUUGACCAUUCUUUUCAUCCUUUUGAAUUCAAAAUCUGCGGUGGAAAUCGUUGACGAUUCUGAAAGUGACGUAGAAAAGCGUUUCGCGGGAAAACAGGAGAUUUAUAAACGCCAGACGUAUCGAUAUGUUACACCCUCUCUUGCGGAAUUGGGUGCUUAUGGAAAUUUGCCGAGAACGAACAAGCAUACUUUAAUGUUAACACGGGUGCCAGAUGCUGGAACCGAAUUGUUGGUGUUGAUUUUGCAACGUUUACAGGGUUACAAUGCUUUUAAGCACAUACGAUUGCCACCAGGUGAUCACAAACUUUUGUCAACUUUACAACAGGAAUUACUAGUGGAAGAAGUUACAAAUAUCAUAAGACAGGAAGCGAUUCCUCUCAGUUUCGAUGGAGAUGUAAGGUUUUUGAACUUUUCAAAAUUUGGUCGACAAGCACCAACGUUUAUUUCUUUGGUGAGAAAUCCUAUAGGUGCUCGAACUUUACAAAGAUACCGCAAAAGGCAGGAAGUAGUAUUUGAAAGUCGAGCAAUACCCACAUUCUGCGGACAGGAUCCUCGUUGCACAGAGAUAAAUAAUAAAUGGGCAUUGCAACGGGCUAAAGCCAAUAUUGUCGAAUGGUACCCCGUUGUUGGGGUGUUAGAUUGCAUGGAGCAAUCGCUAGACGUAUUCGAACAUAAGUUUCCAUACUUUUUUCGUGGUGUUAGACAAAUUUAUAAAAAAAUUCGACCAAAAAAAAAGUAUUUUCCCAAUUACACGAUAACGCUAAAGCCACGUGAAAGAAAUAUUUUCUUUAAACUUUUCGAGGAUGAGAUAGAAUUGUAUCGAUGGCUAAAGUUUCGGCUUUUAAACGAAACGCGAAUUAAAGAUGGGAAAAGAUAAUACUAACGAAACAAAUUGCCAUGUUCUAGUUUUAAAUUACACCAAAGAUGAUAAUUGUCCUAAACGUGAUAUGGUAAUAUUUUUUAGCGACGAGAAAGAUCAAAAUUUUUUAUUAAAAAAUGCAGUUAUAAAUUAUUUACUGCGAUAUAUAACUGUUUAUAUAUCAAAAUCGAUAGGCGCGCUUCUUGAAAAAUUGAAUAGUAGGUCCAUCUAUUGCCAGCAUAAAGAAACAAAGUAUUUACUAUUAGUAGUUACGCGGUUUCUAUAAG